AUGCGUAUGGAAGAUAACAAAGACAGUUCUCCGGCUAACUAUAAUGAACAAGUUUGCAAAAAGAACGCAAAAAGACGUGAAGAAAUAAAAAUCCGUCUCGAUAUGCUUCACGAAAUUCUUGAUUCUACAUCUUAUCAA